AAGCUCCCGACCGACCGUGCGUCGGAGGCGGGUGGGGCGCUCCGCGCGGGCCUCGGCCGUGCCCGCCGGCCCCGGGGGCGCCGGAGACGGGGGCACGGGGAGCGCCGAUCUCCCCGCCUGGCCACGCCCCCGUUCAGGAGGCCUUGGGCGCCCCAUGCCCCCCUUCACGGGGCCCCGCCCGCAGCGCCGCGGGCCAGGGCGAACCGCGCAUGCCGGCCCCCGCGCGCGCGGGGCGCUCCUCCGCGGCCCCGCGGGAGCUGCUGGCGGCGGCCGAGGCGCGGGCCGCGGCGCUGCGCGGGCGCAUCGGGCCGGCGCGGGCCGCCGUGGAGAGGGCGGAGGCCGCGGCCCAGAAAGGCGAGGCGGAGGUGGCCGAGCUGCAGGGCCGGCUGGGCGAGCGCCAGGAGCUCUCCCGCGCCGCCCACGGCGAGGCGCUGGCGCGGGAGGAGCGGGUGGCCGCGGUCCUCGAGGGGGCGGCCAGUGAGAUCCGCGAGGUCUCCAAGAAGCAGCUGGAGGAGGUCCGAGCGCUGUCGCACCCGCCAGUGGUGGUCAGGAGGGCCCUGAGCCUGGUGUACUGCGCGCUGUACCCACGGGAGGCGGAACAGCUGCUGAAGUCGCCGGGCGGCAUAGCAUGGAGGGAGAGGAUCGUCCCGAUGAUGAAGCGCGACGACUUCACUGGGCGCCUCGAGGCUUUUCCCCCUGCCGACCGGGAGCAUCCAUUCCUGGCCUCCCAGGCCAUCAUGGAGUUCAUCGAGAGCCAGGUGGCAGAGGCCCCCGCGCCGGACCCGAGGCUCGCUGGCGGCAGCGGCCAUGGCGGCGCGGCGCCCGAGAGCGCGGCGCCCGAGAGCGACCGCGUUGCAGCCCAGGCCACGCAGCAGCUGGGGGCCGCCGGAACAGCCCUCAGCGCCGCGCGGCUGCUGCGCGGACACGCUGGCGACGCCGCGGCCGCCGAGGAGCCCGCCGAGGGCAGCGCCGCGCGAGGCGGCGGCGCCGCGGGGCCAGCCGCCCCGCUGCCGUCGGGCGCGGGGGCAUCCGUCGCGGCCAGGCGGGCCCGCCGUGAGAGAACGGUGUCGCUCGGCGACGGCGAGAGCGACCGCCUGACCCCAGAGGCGGUGACCUUCGCCUCCCAGGCGGUGGGCGUGCUGUUCUGCUGGCUGCUGGCGCAGCUGCGCUGCGCGCGCAGCCUCGCCGCAGAGGGCGCCGACCGCCUCGAGGCCGAGGCCGCCGAGGCACGAGCCCGCGGCGCCGAGGCAGGAGCGCGGGAGGCGAGCGCGGCGCUGGCGUUGGAGGAGGCGCUCGCCAGCGCCGCGCUGGCCGAAGCCGCGCUGGCCGAGGCGCGGGCGCACGCUCGGCAGUUGGAGGAUGAGCUCGCGGGCGCGACGCGCGAUGUGGAGAGGCUGCGCGGGGAGAUCACGGCGGCCGAGGCGGCCGGGGCCGCGGAGGGGCCGCUCGAGGUCGCAGCGGCGGCGGCGGCCGCCGCCGAGCUGAGGAUGGAGAGCGACCUCGCGGAGCGCGCCGUCUGUAUGUCUCGCGUGGAGGUCGAGGUCCGGGAGCGCGUGGUCUUCGGCAAGGGCUCCUCGGAGGUGGCCUCUUUCGCCACGAGGUCCCUGCACGGCGUGGCGAACAUCAUGCAGCGGAACGGCGACGUCAAGCUGCUGGUCGAGGGCUAUAGCCGGGCGGACGAGGAGGACGACCUGAGCACCCAGCGCGCGAACAGGGUCAUGGAGACGCUGGUGGCGCAGGGCGUGCCCGCGCACCGCCUGCGCGCCACCGGCUUCGGCUGCGGGGGCGACCCUGCCGGAGACGGCCGCGUCGAGUUCAGCGUGAUACAGGAGAUAUCCGUGAAGGGGACCGUGCAGUUCGGCCCCUGCAGCGAUCACGUGACGGGCGACUCCGGGCCGAUCUUGGACAGCGUCGCGGCGCUCCUCGCCGCCCGGCCAUGCCUGCACGUGCGAGUGGAGGGCCACACCGACAACGCGCCGUUCUUCGGCAGCAACCUCGAGCUGGCGCAGUCGCGGGCUAGCAGCGUGGCCCGGGAGCUGGGCGAGCGCGGCUUGGACCCCGCGCGCCUCGUACCCGCGGGCUUCGGGGACGAGCUGCCGCGCGCCUCCAACGGCACGCGCGAGGGCCGCGCGCGGAACCGACGCGUCGAGUUCCAUGUGCUGCAGCGCGAGACCAUCGGCGGCCUGUGGGAGCUGAUGCGGCGUAGCCAGGGCCGCGGGCAGAUCGACGACAACGUCUUGCGGCACCUGGCGCGCACUGCCUGCGGCGCUGGCGUGCAGCUGGCCCUGCCGAUCCGCGCCGCCGCUGCGGACCUGCUGCGGCGGAUGCAGGCCGACUGGGCGGUGCAGCGCCUCCUCUUCCUGGCCUCGCGCCACGGCGACCCGUCACAGUGCCCGCUCGCGGCGCUGCCCGAGGACUGCGUCCACCGGGUCGUGCGGAUGUACUUCCUGCUCGGCUGCUCUCCCCUGAGCCAGGCUCAGUGGGUCCCGGGCCCGUCGCUCGCAGAGGCGCUGUAA